AUGUCUUUUCUCAAGGCUUUCUCUGCCAUUGCAGCUCUUACAGCUGGCCAUGUUACUGGUCUGGCAGUAAGACAAUCGCCCGCUGGCACAGCAACUGUCGAUAUCGCGAAUCCCAGUGGUCCGGCUAGGUUCCUCGGUUCCGGCUUCAUCUACGGGUUCCCCGAUAACGGAAGAGAGAUCGAUACCUCCAUCCCCGACCACUUCGUUACCGACAUCAAGUUCCACGCCAGCCGUGCCGGGGGUGCCCAGAUCCUAGCUCCCGGUUGGAUCGGCGGAAUCGAUGGAUACCAGCAGCGCUUCGACUCGGCCCUCUCCAACUACCGGACCACGCGCAAGUACGGAGCUGACUUCAUCCUAUUGCCCCACGACCUCUGGGGUGCCGACGGCGGCCAGGCAGGAGGCUCAAUCUUCCCCGGUGAUAAUGGCAACUGGACAGAGACUGAGCUUUUCCUCCACCAUCUUGUUGAUGACAUCAAGUCUAAUAACAUGCUCGACGGCCUUGUCUUUGAUAUCUGGAAUGAGCCUGAUCUUGACAUCUUCUGGGCUCGAUCUUGGGAUCAGUACCUGGAGUACUAUGUCAGGGCUCACAAGAUCAUCAGGGCUGAACUUCCGGGCACUUUGAUCAGCGGACCAUCAGCCGCCAACGCCCCGGCCGUUGACUUGGAUAACUGGAAGGCUUGGAUGUCCAAGGUGGCAGCCAAUGACGCCAUUCCUGACAUCUACUCCUGGCAUCAAAUUGGUGAAUGGCAGCGUGAGCCCGACAGAACCGUUGCCGACUUCAAGUCUCUCCAAAGCACCUACAACCUCCCAGACCGCCCAAUCGACUUGAACGAGUACGCCUGGCCAUCCGAGCAGAACCCUGCCAAUGGCGUCUUCUACCUCGCCCAACUUGAACGCCACAACCUCCGCGGUCUCCGCGCCAACUGGGGCGGCGGUUCCGACCUGCACAACUGGAUGGCCGACUUGCUCUUCAAGGAUGCCAGCGGAGCCUACAAGCCCAAUGGAGAGUGGCAGGUGUACAAGUACUACGCCCAGAUGACCGGCGAGCGCGUCGCUACCACUGCCUCGGCUGACCGGACGUUUGAUGUCUUUGCCACCGUUGAGAACAACAGCGUCAAGAUCCUCGCGGGAACCAGGACCGUUCAGAAGAACUACGAGAUCAAGGUCUCUGGACUCAGCAGGCUCGGUCUUCCCAGCGACGGUUCCGUCCAAGUCCGCACUCUGCGUUUCGACUGGGCUGGCACCAAGGCUGAGGUUGGAGGACCGGUUGACUUGGGUGUUACCAGCAUUUCGUCCGCUUCUGACAGCCUUACUAUCCUGGUCGAGCCACCUACUAACUCCACCGCAUUCGCUUUUGAGCUCUUCUAA